AUGCAGCACGAUGUACUUGUUGGACGUGGAGAUGUCGAGAAGGAGUUAAUAACUCGAUUGACCGACAACGAGGAGGAGAAAAGCCUCUGUGUGAUUUCUCUGGUGAGCGAAGAAGCACUUGGAAAGACGGCACUGGCAAGGAAUGUCUACAACAGAGUAGACAUUCGGCAGCAUUUCCAAUGCCGUGCUUGGCUCCACGUCGCCAAAGAUUUCACAUACAAGGAUCUGUUGCUUGCAAUAAUCAAACAGAUUCCAAUAUGUGGCGUAUUGGCUGACGUGGAGCUUAUGAGCGAGCACCAACUUAUUGGAUGGUAUCUGCACCAAUCAUGUCUGGCUCGUGUUAGCACUCCCUUCACUGUUGCUGCGAAUGGAAGCAGAGUCAUCCUCACUACGCGCAACUCUAAGGUUGCAUCUGAGGUUGACCCGUGGGGUCACCCAUUGAAACUAAUGAGGUUAUCUGAUGAGGAGAGUUGCGAAUUGUUCUUGAAGGUGGUAAAUGAGGCAAAUCAUGAUAAUUUGAACAAUUUCAAGGUAGGAAUUGUGAGAAUAUGUCGCAGUUUGCCUCCAACAAUUGUCCUGCUUGGAGGAUUGUUUUCGAGCAUACAACCGAAUGACGAGUGGUCCGGUGUAACUGAUCAUCUUUCACAGUACUUGGGGGAUGAUGAUCAAUCAGUUGAUCUCUUGACUAUCGUAGCUUUAAGCUAUCAUGAGCUACCGUAUGUGUUAAAGCCGUGUUUCCUUUGUUUGACUCUCUUCCCUAAAGCGUAUGAGAUUUCUACGCGGAGGUUGUUGCAGUUGUGGAUUGCCGAGGGAUUUAUUCAAAUAUCAACUACUACCGCGACUAGUGUCCUUGAACUUGAAGAUCUGGCCAAGGCAUAUUUGGAAGAACUAGUAUCGACAAACAUGAUUGAAAUAGCCACAUGGAAAGAACACGGAAGCCCCAAAACAUGUCGAAUGUCGAGCUUUCUUUACAAUGUCUUCUUGCCAAAAGAUGAGGAUAUAGGAUUUCUUCAAAUCCACCAUUGCAAUUCACAUGUACAUGAGUCUAAUCAGAUUAUUCGGAGGCUUGCAGAUCAUUAUGUUGGGGUCAAGUCUACUUUGGAGUCUCAUACUCAACAUCUAUGCUCGUAUGUUUCAUUCAAAGCCCAAAAACAAGGUACAUCUAACAGAGAAGUCGGUACAUUGCUUAACACAAUAAUCAGUAAGAGGAGAUCUAGAGGUAUUUUCCUGAUGAAAGUGCUUGAUCUAGAGGGUGUCUACAAACCUUUGCUACCCGAGAAACUCAGCUAA